AUGGCCGAAAUUUCGAAAAGGUGGGCCACAUCCAUGAUAACGGGUGGAAAUCCGCUUGUGUUCACUGGACCAUGCUCAUUCCCUGCAGUGUCCUCUGUGGAUGGUAAAUAUUCCAUUGUGCUAUUGAGCCGCCAAAUCAGAGUGUACUUGCUUCAAACCCGUCAGUGCAUAAGAACCGUGGACAUGGAUAUGCUGAAGGUAGUUGCAGUGUGUUUGGACCCAGGAAAUAGUUCCCAACUAGCAUGCUUCACUAAGAAGGACAUGUUCUAUGUCUCUUGGCAAGAGAAUCUCGCAGAGCCAGUGGUGGCCACGCUCGCAAUUGAGCCAACGAUCGAAGGGUUUGUCGAUGUAUUCAAGAGUGCUUCUGACUGUUACUAUGUCUUAGCAGAAAAUGACUCGGUUCUCUCGGUUUUAUCCGUCGACAGAGAAACAGCCAAAUCUUGCGUUUUGUUCCAAAUCGAGGGCGCCCAUGAGUAUGCCGUAUCAAGAAAUGGACACAAGCUUGCUGUUGUUCUAGAGUCGCUGCAAGCUCUUUUGUACGACCUAACUGCAGCUGUGUCUGCCCCAUCUGCAAAACAUACCCAGCUUGGCUUCCAAGAUGCUAUUGAAAGAACAGUAGAAUCAUUUGCUUUCCCUCACAAAUCUGUCUCAUGCAUGGCAGUAUCCAGUACAGGUAUAAUAGCUAUUGGUACAUUGCUGGGACACAUAAAUGUCCUCUACGGAGGCUCAUCCACAGGUACGCCAAAGGGAUUCCUCCGCUGGCACAUUGAACCAGUAAAAAGUGUCGAGUUCUCCGUCGAUGAGAAUUACUUGGUUUCUGGUGGUACCGAAAAAGUAUUGGUCUUCUGGCAUUUGGUCCUGGACCGCGCCCAGUUCCUCCCUAGAUUAUCUGGACCAAUUGAUAGAAUUUUUGCAGACUCCAACAGACCAGAUCAUUACUCUGUGGCCUUGAGAAUAUCGGAGGGAGCCCUGAAAAUUGGCGCUCAUGAGCUCUUGGUCAUCUCGGGCUUGGACUUGGUGUCUCGUUUAUCAUACGCUCCAGUCUGUCCCACAUUCAACAGUUCAAUGUCCAAAGCUCUUAACGCUGCAAGGAAGCGUCACCAAAAGAUUGGCGGUAACGUCAAGUCAAUUAGCCACAACAUAACAGCAAAGUUGACCAUGCAUCCAACUACUAAGCAUAUGUACACUGCACAAGGUUCGUCUGUCCAAGCAUAUGACCUAAUUAGAGGCGAGCAGGCUUUUGUACAACACAUCGCUCCUCAAGUUUCGACUGGUAAAGUUAGAAGCGAAAAGAAGCUUGUAGAUCCCGAGGUCAAGGAAAUUAGCUUUACCACUGACGGCGCUUGGAUGGCAACUUUCGACUCAAUGCCAUCUCUGAACUUUGACAAUUUGAUGUCAAAAAACGACACAUCUUAUGCAUUGAAGUUUUGGUUCUGGAACGAGUCUUCCUGGGAACUUACUCUGAAGGUGGUCGACCCACAUGGCCCAGGUCUUGAGAUCGGCUGCAUCUUGAGCAAUAGCGCCGAAUCAUUCACAACCAUUGACAAAAAUGGCGGUAUCAGAAUCUGGCGCCCUCGUCUGAACAACCCUCUGAGAGCAGUUAAGUCCCUGGUGGCCAGUCAAAAACACUCUACACAAACAGUUUGGACUCUCCGAAGAGCGUCUCAAACGUCAACCAUUACUUCUCCAGUCUCUGCUUGCUAUGCACCUGAUGGUUCUUUCUUGGUAGUAUCACACGACAAUAUUGCCAAAAUUUACGAUUCCGCUCAACUUCUCCCAAUCGACUUUGCCAUUCCACCUGUCGACCUGCCCAUUGAAUCUUUAGCAAUAACCGGCUCGUGUUUGGUGAUAACCUCGCAGCUGAAAAUACUCUCUUACGAUCUCGUAAGUGCUCGCGAGGCUCCUCUUUUCUUGCAUGUUUUCGCUCGUGGUAUGGGUAACUUAGUCGCUGUUGAUACUAAUAAGCAACUCAUUGCUGUGGCAUACAAUGAAUGGGACACUGAAGCUGAAUCGUCUGUUUAUAGCACCAUCUCAGUCUUCUCGCCAAACUCGCUCGUUCCAAUCUACUCUACAACAUCGCACAAAGCUAUCGCCUCAUUGGCUACUACCCAAGCAGGAUUUCUAUUUAUGAAUGUAGAUUCAGAAGUGGGAAUUUUGAGUUUGGAGGAUAAGAAAAAGAUUGCAGGAAUCCAGCAAGAAGACGACAUUUCUGCUCAGAUGAACAAGAUGUUGAUCAAUGCGCAAGCAGCUGCCAAUGUCUUGUUUGCCAAAACCGUUAACAGAAAGGUACAAAGUGAACAAGUCGAAGACUCCACAAAGUUUACAUCUCAGAAGUCUGUAGACCCAGCAUUAUUGCUGUCUAUCUUCAAUAAUGUUGACGGUGUUGGACUAGAUUCCUUGUUCGAAAAAGUUGUUCGGGUUUCACAGUAA